AUCACUAGAUACUUCUGUGUAAUUCCACGGACUUUCUGUGUGCUCAGUAACCAGUGUAACCAGCUCCGACCUCCCACCGGCUGUAGUUUAGCGUAUCCCCGCUACACGUCUAGUACUGUCCCGUCCAACAUGAGUCCUCCGGGGUACGCUGUUGCUCCCAGGCUGUGCUGUGCGCUGCUUGUGGCCGUGUGGUUCGUGUCUCCGGAGGCUGAGACCCGAGACACGGCAGAAGUGGAGCAGCGCUUCACCGAAGCCGUGCUGCGGCAAUUCGGAGUGGAUGGGAAGCUGAGUUUAAAUAAUGUCACCGAGAUAAUGGACGCCUGUGACACCCGCAACGAGAUCCGGCAACAUCUGGCUCUGAACGAGUGCUUAUCCGGUGAGGAGAUCUUUUCUAUGUAUGGUCUUCAAAAUGAAAGUCACAUUACAAAUGAUAGCUUUCGGAGUAUUUGUCCUGCCAUGUUAUACCAAAUAUUUACUCACCCGUGUAUACCUGGCGAAUCUGAUCCCAGCAAUAAAAGACCAAGUCCUGCCGAAGUGUGGGGGUACAGCUUCCUAACUGUAAGCAUCAUCAAUUUGACCUCACUGCUUGGACUAUUCAUAACACCAUUGAUAAACAAGCCAUAUUUUCAAAAGAUAUUAACAUAUUUUGUUGGUUUGGCCAUUGGAACAUUGUUUUCAAAUGCGAUUUUUCAACUUAUUCCUGAGGCAUUUGGAUUUGAUCCAAAGGUGGACAACUAUGUUCCCAAAGCAGUGGCCAUUUUUGGAGGUUUCUAUGUUUUGCUGUUUGUUGAGAGAGUGCUGAAAAUGAUUCUGAAGAUCUAUGGAGAGGGUGUUCACAAUCACUUAGAAAUUGGUCCCCCUCAUCAUGAAGCCCACAAAGAACCUGAAACAAGUAAAAUUGCGAACGGAACAACAGUAUUGGUAAAUUCAGCAGUAACAGAGGUUAAUGGAGCUCAACACAAUGAUCAAAUUAGUGUGGUUUCAAUUAAGGAGUCAGAUGAGUCAUCUCGCUGCUGCAAGUCAUGCAGGUGGACACCCCUGAAAAAGAUCGGAACUUUGGCUUGGAUGAUUACAUUGAGUGACGGCCUGCACAACUUCAUUGAUGGGCUUGCUAUCGGGGCUUCAUUUACCCUAUCCCCUUUGCAAGGACUAAGUACAUCAGUUGCAAUCCUCUGUGAAGAAUUUCCCCAUGAGUUUGGUGACUUUGCAAUCUUGCUUAAUGCUGGAAUGAGUAUUCCCCAAGCUUUGUUCUUCAAUUUCACAUCUGCAUGCUCAUGUUACAUUGGCUUAAUUUUUGGGAUUCUAGUAGGCAACAACUUUGAGCCGGAUAUUAUAUUUGCUUUGGCCGGAGGCAUGUUCCUAUAUAUUGCAUUGGCAGAUAUGUUUCCAGAGAUGAACGACAUGCUGAAACACAAAAUUAAAGGAAGGAAGUCAGACUUAAUCUAUUUCAGUAUUCAGAACGCUGGCCUGCUCUCUGGAUUUGUUAUCAUACUGAUGAUAACACUCUAUGCUGGAGAAAUCAAGAUAAAUUAAGAAGAGCUUCCAGGAAGAAUUAUCUACAAUUAUGAAACACAUAGACUCCUUAAAGUUAUAUAGACUUUUCACUUUCUGUUUCUUAAAUACUCAAGAAUCAAAUGAUUUAUUUUUUUAUAAACACUUGAAUUUAAAGACUUUGAGAAUCGGAUUCAAGGAGUGAACAAAGAACUGUUGCGAUUAGAGAAUUUUUUGGAACUAUUUAUAUGUUUUUUAUUGGGGGCACCAGGCAUUACCUGUACAGUGUUAUAGUGAGCCAACGGUGUUACAAUAUGUGAUACAUAUACGAGCAGUUGUUGCCCACUGCAUUCCUUGUGAUUUUGGAACCGUCAAAGAAUGAGCUCACAUCCAGAUCACACUGAAAUUGAUAAAGACUUCUGCAUCUAGAGUGUGUCAAUGAAUGUUUAAUUUUGUUUCAUGUCUUUUUUACUAUUUGUAUUUCUUGAUUGCACUUGAAAGUUAAUUGAAAUAAUGGAAUAUAUGGAAUCAGGAAGCACUCUUUCUCUGUGUACAACUAUGGAAGCAUAAAACAUUAAACAAGAUACAUGCUAGUGUUUCAUGGCUUCUCAGAUGGAACCCA